CGGGCUCCGCGGCCGCUCCCGGGAGGGCUUCGCCCCCUGCCCUGGCUGAAGUCGGAGGAUCUCUCGGGUAGAGGUGUUCGUGCCUGUCACCCGCCGGGCGGCCUUCUGUGGCCUUUUGUUUUGGGAGUUUGGGGGUUGAUGGAAGCCUGGCGACAAGGGCGAGUUUACAACUCUCCCUGCCACGCUUUCAGCCUUUCUGUCGUAUGUUUGACAGACAUCCACUCUGCGUCCGGUCGGUGCUAGAUGCCCAGUUUGCAACCUGGGUGUACAGUUGCAAGUUGUAAGCGCUAGGAAGGAAACGAACUGGGUGCCGAGAUAAAGGAUAGGGAAGUCUGAAGGCAUCUUUACGUCGAGACCUAGAGCGCGGCGAGAGGCAACCCUGAAAUCUGGAAGCCCAGGGAGAACAACUUUCACCAGAGUUGCUAUAAUGGAAGUCAAAGGGAAAAAAAAAAUCACAGGAAAAGGUACAAAGACAUCACAAGAGAAAAACAGGUUUCAUAAAAACAAUGAUUCUGGUUCUUCAAAGACUUUCCCCAAAAAAGUUAAGGAAGGUGGACCUAAAAUCACAUCUAAGAACUUUGAGAAAACUGCCACAAAACCUGGGAAAAAAGGUGUGAAGCAGUUCAAGAAUAAGCAGCAAGGGGAUAAAAUAUCAAAGAACAAAUUCCAGCAGGCAAAUAAAUUCAACAGGAAGAGAAAAUUCCAGCCAAACAGUAAAAAUGAUGAGUCAGCAGCCAAGAAACCCAAAUGGGAUGAGUUCAAAAAAAAGAAGAAAGAACUGAAGCAGAGCAGGCAACUCAGUGAUAAAACCAACUAUGACAUUGUUGUUCGGGCAAAGCAGAUCUGGGAGAUCUUAAGAAGAAAAGAUUGUGACAAAGAAAAAAGAGUGAAGUUGAUGAGUGAUUUGCAGAAGUUGAUUCAAGGGAAAAUUAAAACUAUUGCGUUUGCACAUGAUUCAACUCGUGUGAUCCAGUGUUACAUUCAGUAUGGCAACGAAGAGCAGAGAAAACAGGCUUUUGAAGAACUGCGAGGUGAUUUGGUUGAAUUAAGCAAAGCUAAAUAUUCCAGAAAUAUUGUUAAGAAGUUUCUCAUGUAUGGGAGUAAGGCACAGAUUGCAGAGAUAAUGAGAAGUUUUAAAGGCCAUGUGAGGAAGAUGCUGCGGCAUGCGGAGGCGUCCGCCAUUGUGGAGUACGCCUACAAUGACAAAGCCAUCUUGGAGCAGAGGAACAUGCUGACAGAAGAGCUUUAUGGGAACACAUUUCAGCUUUACAAGUCAGCAGAUCACCCAACUCUGGACAAAGUAUUAGAGGUACAGCCAGAAAAACUAGAGCUUAUCAUGGAUGAAAUGAAACAGAUUCUAACUCCAAUGGCCCAGAAAGAAGCUGUGAUUAAGCACUCCCUGGUGCAUAAAGUAUUCUUGGACUUUUUUACCUAUGCACCCCCAAAGCUGAGAUCAGAAAUGAUUGAAGCCAUCCGAGAAGCAGUGGUAUACCUGGCGCACACACACGAUGGCGCCAGAGUGGCCAUGCACUGCCUGUGGCACGGCACGCCCAAGGACAGGAAAGUGAUUGUGAAAACAAUGAAGACUUAUGUUGAAAAGGUGGCUAGUGGCCAAUACUCCCACUUGGUUUUACUGGCGGCAUUUGAUUGUAUUGAUGAUACUAAGCUUGUGAAGCAGAUAAUCAUAUCAGAAAUUAUUAAUUCCUUGCCUAACAUAGUAAAUGACAAAUAUGGAAGGAAGGUCUUGCUGUAUUUGCUAAGCCCCAGAGAUCCUGCACACACAGUACGAGAGAUCAUUGAAGUUCUGCAGAAGGGAGAUGGUAAUGCACACAGUAAGAAAGAUACAGAGAUCCGCCGACGAGAGCUCUUAGAAUCCAUUUCUCCGGCUUUGUUAAGCUACCUGCAAGGACACGCCGAAGAGGUGGUGCUGGAUAAGUCUGCGUGUGUGCUGGUGGCUGACAUCCUGGGAGCUGCCACUGGAGAUGUGCAGCCCGCCAUGAAUGCCAUUGCCAGUUUGGCAGCGGCAGAGCUGCAUCCUGGGGGCAAGGAUGGAGAGCUUCAUGUUGCAGAACAUCCUGCAGGACAUCUUGUUUUGAAGUGGUUAAUAGAACAAGAUUCAAAGAUGAAAGAAAGUGGAAGAGAAGUUUCAGUUUAUUUUACAGGUUGUUUUGCAAAAACACUUGUAGAGCAUGUUGGUAUGAAGAACCUGAAGGCCUGGGCUAGUGUCAAUCGAGGAGCCAUUAUUCUCUCAAGCCUUCUCCAGAGUUCUGAUCAAGAAGUUGCAAGUAAAGUCAAAACUGGACUGAAAAACCUGAUUCCCACAUUGGAAAAAACCAAAAACGCCAGCAAAGGGAUAGAAAUGCUACUUGAAAAACUGACUGCCUAGGUGGAAACAGUUAAGAACAAGUUGGAGUCAUUUUUCCUCUUCUGUUUUCCCAGCGCAGAAAAGAAGGGCUAGGGUCCAUCUUUCUUGGUAAUUUGAGUGCUCUGUAUAUGUGUUUCUUCUUUGUAUAAGAAUCUAUUUAUAAAAUAAUUUCUAAAAAUGGCCUUUUUAAGAAAAAAAUCUCAGCCUUCUCUUUUAUCGUAUUGAACAGUACGCAAAUCACAAUGUGAAAGGUUUAACAGUCAUACGCAGUGGGACCAACCAAAUUUAUAUAAAGUAGUUGCAUGCAUUGAUUCAGGGGAGAAGACAUCUGCAGUGAGCAGUAGUCUGAGAGGGCUUCCUGAAGGAGGAGGAACCUGAAUGGGCUUCAGAGGAAGGCAGGACAUGGUAAAGAAGGGCCACAGGGAGUCCUUGGUGGGAGUCGUGAGGUGGCAGUUAAUGGCUUUGAGCUGGACUUCAGAAGCCUUGGGGCUUGAUGGGUGCAGGGAUGGGGGUACAGUGCCUCCAGGGCAGCUGCCUGCCUAGCUACCUGUGGCUUAGGUGCUGUGCUAGCUUGUGUUUGAAACAGGCCACUCCUGCAGGUUAAGAUUUGUAGGGGGGAUUGUGCUGGAGGAAUUAGGGGGUCAUAGUGGGUAGCAGUGUUAAGGUCAAGGUCACAGGAGAAUCUUCCUGUCUUUGAAACGGGGCCUUCCAAGUAAAUUGCUCCUUUUAAUGAGCCUUUCUCUCUUGGGACUUUCCCUCAAGUAGUUGAGGCCUAUAGGGUUUGAGUUAGAAGAAAGGAGAUGCAGAUUUGUUAAUCGUGCAGAAAUUUGAAUUCAAGUACAGUUAGGGUGUUUGAAUUUUAAAAUUACAGUUGGUUUCCAAGCAACAAAGGAUUGGUAGCCCUUGGAAGGAUUCAGUCAGGCUCACGUAGCCAUGCCUGUGAAUACCUGACUGCUUGCUUGCUCUAAGCAGCCUGCUGUAGCAGGACACCCACUCGGCUCGUCACGGCAGCUGCACCUAAGGAGAAUGGCUGUGCCUUUCCUACCAGGACUACUCCCAUCGCACAGGCUGCCAGUGUGUCGCUUGGUGCUCUUUCCUGUGGGUGCAGGGAACCCUGCAGGAGCAAAAGAGCAGAUGCCUGUAAUUCUCUUUUGGCAUAGACUUUCCCCCUACCCUGUCCCCUCCACCAGCCAGGUCUAAGGGUGGAGAUGGGACUGCUAGGGGAACUGGGAGUGGGGUGAGGGGAUAGUGGGGAAGAGCUUGCUUUUGUUUGACUGCUAUAUUGUGAGUUUGUUUUCCAUAUAAAGGGCCCAUUUAGAAGGAGAGGGAGACAAAAAAUCUGCUGUUUGUUCCAUCUGUAAGACUAAAAACAUAAAAUAACAUCCAUAGUUUUGAAAGAGUACUGUGAAGCAUAUAAUAAAAGUAGAAAUCCUUCCUCUGCCCCACUCCUCCACACCCCUGCCUUGUCCUCCCCAGAAGCAAUGACUUUCAGUUCUUUUUACCUCUGCUAAGUUUUUUAAUAUGUAGUUUUUGAGGGUUUUUUUUUUUAAAUCUGUCAGUUUUAGACAUUUUCUUUUGACUUCCUACUAUGGAAAAAUACAGAUUGAGAGUUUUCACCACCACUGUCCCCCUACUUCUUUUCUUUCCAUGUUCCUACUAGAAUUGGAUUAUUUUUGAUAAAUUGGUGUUGGUUUAUAUGAUUAUGCUGACGUCAACUGUUAAAUACUGAAGGAAGUAGUGAACUGUCCUGAUAUUUCCUAUACCAUUUUCUUUUUCCCAGAGUUAAUAAAUUGCUUCAUUUAUUUUUAUUUGCUUACUUUCCUACAUUCCUAUUACUAAUUUUUCUCAAAUUGUCCAUCAGAAUUGCAUGCACUCUUCUCCAGCAGGCAUUUUCCUCUUUUUUCAGCCUGGCAAGGCUCCCAUGUUUUUCUGGUGUCCACCCUUUCCCCAUGGCUCUGAUAUGUCCCAUCUAGUGUGCCUCCAGUGGGUCAUAGGUGUGCUAAGAUUUUAACAGCCUCAUCUCUUACUCCACUGGGCC